ACAGAAAGGACCCGUUUCGGGCCAGGGCAUCGUCUCACCCGGUCAGGCAAACCACCCUCCUCCUCGGCGCCUCCCCAACCAGGCAACCACAGUAAGCCCCUGCCCCUUCCUCCCCGACGCGCGCUCCCCCUCAUGGCGAGGAGGCGCUGCUGAUGCCUCGCGGCGUCGGAUCGGACGCGGCGGCCACGACACGCUGCCGCUUGCGGUGGCGCUCGCCGAUCCCUACGCACGCGCCCAAUCCGCCGACGCUGCUCCUCGGAUCCCCCCCGAGGGAUUCGGGCCUCGUCUCGUCUCGUGCUGCCUAGGUGAGGCUCUGGCCUUCGAGGUGCGUGGGUGGGAUCUGCCUCGGUUUUGCGUUCUUCCCAAGUGCCCUGCCCAUACUCCAGCAGCGGCCCAGUCGACUUCCCCAGGUGCCCUACCGACCCCCACAAGGUUGCGCGCGCGUCACCUCAACCCCGUGCAUGCGCUGACGCUAACCCUAUCUAGGAGACGGAGCAGCAGGCCAGCGGCCACGCCGGCCAAGAGAGGACGGCGGCCUGCAAGGCGAGAAGGCUCGUGUCAGGCGGUAGCCAUAGGUGCAAGGAUAGGCAACCAGUGUCCAACAACACGUCUGUGGAUCAAUUGACCUGUAUUUCGGCCUUUCAGUUGAGGAUUAAACUAGAGCUUUAAGAAGCUUGAUAAUUGGCAUCAUCUCAAGAAUACAUUGAAGUGCAAGAUGCCAAAAAUAAAGAAUCUCUCUAAUGCAUGUAAAGUAUCAUUUUCUCCACAAGGUCCCAUAUCUGAAGAGGCGCUUGAGAGAGUCCGUGCACUGUUAGAUGAGAUAAGACCUCUAGAUGUCGGCCUAGAUAAUGAAGCACAAAUUGCACGCAAUUGGACUAGUACUACGCGUCCAUCAAAUGGGAGACGAGGACGUAAUGGGGCUAACCAGUUCGCUGCUCCAAUCAAAUAUUUGCACAUUCAUGAAUCUGAAAGUUUCUCUAUGGGUAUAUUUUGUAUGCCACCUUCUUCAGUUAUUCCACUUCAUAAUCAUCCUGGAAUGACUGUACUUAGCAAGCUUCUUUAUGGAAGACUGCAUGCUGAAUCUUAUGACUGGGUUGACGUGCCUGAUCAUCCAAUUGAUCAAUUACAAUCGAGGCCAGCCAAGCUUGUUAAAGAUUGUGAAAUGACUGCUCCAGAGACAACUAUUCUUUACCCUAAUGCAGGUGGUAACAUCCACACUUUCAGAGCCAUCACACCUUGUGCUCUCUUUGACGUCCUUUCUCCACCGUACUCCGCUGAGGAUGGGCGGCACUGUUCGUACUUCCGAAAGUCUCUAAUGAAUCAACCACCUGUUGUUUUGCCUGCUGAGAUAGAUAGCUCACAAGUAAUUUGGUUGGAGGAAUUGGAGGACCAUCAGCCCCCAGAAGGCUUUGUUGUUGCGAGAGGUCUGUAUAAAGGCCCUGUAAUUAGGAGAUGAUUUGCCUUGGAGCACAGAAUCCACCAAACUGCAAAUCAGCUGAAAGACGAUGCAGGCUUGUAGUGUCAAUUGCAAGCUUCAUCAGGUCAUGUGCAGCCUACGGUUUACUUUGUACAUGUCAAAGUGAUCUGUGAUAAUUUAACAGCAGUUUUACAGAACAAUGGAUGUUUUUUUUGUUUUGCUGCCAUUUUAAUUGUGUCCCACUGCUGGAGUAUUCUCUGACCUUAGUUAUGGAGCUCUUAUCAGAUCAAGACCGUGGAGCACAUACUUUUGAGCAUAGUCUAGCAUAGCUAUUGUCAUGGUGUACUAGGGAGAUCAAUGGACAAGGUUUUCCAUUUGGUGAUUUCAGAAAGAAUUUGGUGUGGGGGAACCAUUUUGUCUGUGUGUAAUAGCAGCACUACUAUUUUUGGGCAAGACUGUAAAUUACGGGGGACGAACCGUAAACAAACCUGUGCGCAUCAUCUCCAUGUUUCAUUUACGUCCGUUGACAGCACUAUAGUUGAACAUGUUGCUCGUUGCCCGUUAUGAGCA